CCAUUAAUAUUUCAUUUCUUAAAAUUCCAAUGAAAUACUACAAUACGCUUGGUUCACAACGAGGCGCCAAGUGGGCUCCAAAACUGGAAAUGGAGUGGAAUCAGAAAAUGAACUGGGAAUAAUAGUCAUAUAUACCAUACAAAAAUAGAGAAAAAUGAUUCAUUUAAUAAACUAAUCAAUGGGAACUCGCUUUCUCACAUCACAUGGCCACUUGGUCAAAUAUAUAAGCCCACAUGGAUGAACAACGUUACCUAUAAUUUGUAAACCCUGUUUCUUGCACAAGUAAUCCAAUCCAUCUGUUUCACUUGGUUGGUGAACUAUCUUUCUCUACACCAUUAAUCAUAUAUAUCAUAUAUACCCAAAAUCGCUCCACAUUUCUUGCAUCCAAAUUUGAUUUUUUUUCUCACCCAAUGGAGAGCAUCGACGUGAAUGAGGAGAGGCUUCUGGCGGAGGUGGACUUCAAGGACUCUUCCUCCGUGGUCAUCAAAAUCCGGCGCAAGCUGCCGGACUUUCUUCACUCGGUGAAGCUCAAGUAUGUGAAGUUAGGAUACGGGUACUCGUGCAACCCGGCGACGGCGCUCCUCUUCCUGGCAGUGGUGCCUCUGUUCUUAUCGGCGAAGACGCUCCUCCUCGACACGGCCACCGUCCUUGUGGGGUCCACCGCCCUGACCCUGAUGGUGGGCGUGUACUGGGCCAAGAGGCCGCGGCCGGUGUACCUGGUGGACUUCGCAUGCUACAAGCCCCACGACGAGAGGAAGAUGUCCGUGGAUUCAUUCCUCAAGAUGACGGCGGAGAAUGGAGGUUUCGAGGCGGAGUCGAUCAACUUCCAGAACAAGAUCUCCCACCGGUCGGGGCUGGGCAACGAGACGUACUUCCCGAGGGGGAUCACCUCCCACCCGCCCAACCUCUCCAUGGAGGAGGCGCGGCUGGAGGCGGAGGCCGUCAUGUUUGGCGCCCUCGACUCCCUCUUCAGCACCACGGGGAUAAGGCCCUCCCAAAUCGGGAUUCUCAUAGUCAACUGCAGCUUGUUCAACCCCACGCCGUCCCUCUCCUCCAUGAUCGUCAACCACUACAAGCUGAGGACGGACAUCAAGAGUUUCAACCUGGGAGGGAUGGGGUGCAGCGCGGGCCUCAUCUCCAUCGACCUCGCCAAGCACCUGCUGCAGGCCAACCCGGACACCUACGCCGUCGUCGUCAGCACCGAGAACAUCACCCUCAACUGGUACUUCGGCAACGACCGCUCCAUGCUGCUCUGCAACUGCAUCUUCCGCAUGGGGGGCGCCGCCAUACUGCUGUCCAACAAGGCCAGGGACAGGCGCCGCUCCAAGUACGAGCUCGUCCACACGGUGCGGACCCACAAGGGGGCCGACGAGAAGAGCUACAACUGCGUGUACCAGAGGGAGGACGACAAGGGCGUCGUCGGGGUGUCCUUGGCCAGGGAGCUCAUGGCCGUGGCCGGGGACGCCCUCAAGACCAACAUAACCACGCUGGGGCCGCUCGUGCUGCCGCUGUCGGAGCAGCUCAUGUUCCUCGUCAGGCUGCUCAAGAGGAAGCUGCUGGGGGCCAGGGUCAGGCCCUACAUACCGGACUUCAAGCUCGCCUUCGAGCACGUGUGCAUCCACGCGGGCGGGAGGGCCGUGCUCGACGCCAUCGAGAACAACCUGCAGCUCACCGAGUGGCACAUGGAGCCUUCGCGGAUGACGCUGCACAGAUUCGGCAACACGUCCAGCAGCUCCCUCUGGUACGAGCUCGCCUACACGGAGGCCAAAGGCCGAGUGUCCGGAGGGGAUCGGCUCUGGCAGAUCGCCUUCGGCUCCGGCUUCAAGUGCAACAGCGCCGUCUGGAAAGCGCUCAGGGAAAUCCCCGCCGAACAAUGCCUCUACCCUAAUAAUCCUUGGUCUGAUUGUAUCCAUAAAUACCCUCUCCACAUUCCACCUACCUCUGCCACUUAGCCAACUAUACAUCCUCUCUACAUUACAUAUAUACUCACCUCACACAACUAUCAAUUCAUCAUUAUAUCAUUCAUCUCUUACAAUUACAUCAACUUAAUUUCA